AUGUUUGGGAGAGAACAUGGGAGCAGACCAGGAGCCGGUGGGUUGGCGUCUGCAGCGGAGACUGCCGUGGCACGCAAAGAGCGUUUAAAACAAUUAGCGCUUGAAAAGAUCGAUUUAAGCAAAGACCCAUAUUUUCAUAAGACGCAUACUGGGAGUUACGAGUGUCGGUUGUGUUUGACAAUUCACGUGAGUGAGGCAAACUACUUAGCACAUACACAAGGAAAGAGACAUCAACAAAAUUUAAAAGCAAGAGAAUUGAAAGACGCGAAAGACAGAGGAGUUCCAUUGAAGUCAACAACAAAGGUGGUGCCUAAGAUUAAAUACUUCGAAAAGAUAGGAACACCAGGGUACUCUUUAACAAAGCAAAUUGAUUCAACCACAGGCAAAAAGUCGAUUUAUGUUGUGGUAAGUUACCCUCAAAUAGCAAAUGACGUUGUUCCCCUUUUCAGAGUUAUGGGAUCUUUUGAACAACAUGUUGAACCAUGUGAUAACGCCUUUCAAUAUUUGGUGAUUGCUGCAGAGCCGUACAACACAAUUGCAUUUAAAAUACCAAACAACGAAUUGCAAACGGACCAAACAACUGGAAAGUGUGGGGAAACUACGUGGGAUAAUAUAACAAAGACAUACACAGUCAAAAUAACAUACAUUUGA